GUUAUCAUUUUGGCGUGCAUACUUUCCAUGUAAUGGACGACACUUGUUGCGCCUUUGAGUAACGCAAUAUACAUCGUGAUCGAAAGGUCGGGAUACCUAAGCGGGAAAGGGCAACAUCCUGAGCAUCGGACAAGUUGCCAUGGCUGACGACGAUGAUGCAGAUUUCUGUGACUACGACUUGGACUUUAUCGACUCCUUAGUUAAAAAGCAUCAGGGUUCAACAGGGGUCCAGCCUGCAGUCCAAACGGCGGCAAUCUCGGGCCGCAACGGCCAGCCGGCGCAAGAAGUGUCAGGGCGUGGUCAACCAGGUGCUUUUCGUGGCCAGGAAGUUGCCGACACGAGCCAACCCGCUACUGGUGAUUGUGGAAAUCGGGGUGAUCCCAAUUGGGGCAACCAUGGCCAAAACAGCCUCGCUCAACCCAUCAACCGCCAAGGGGCGCAGCAGCAUCAGAACGAAUGGCAGGGCCGCGCGUCUGGUAUUGGGCCGCCUACCUAUCCUGGAGCCCCCAACAACGCGCAACCAGGGGCAGUUUCUACUGCUGGUUUAGCGCACAAGGGAGGUGACGUCGGCUGUCGUCCUCGGUGUGUUCCACCAGCACAACAAUCAGCGACAAUGAGGCCCCUGCAGCAGCUCCAAUUCAACGUAACAGUGCGCGUAGAUCCAGCGCAGCGGCCUAGCGCACCACAGCUGCACCACGGCGCAGGGAGCGGCAUUCAGGACGGAACCGUGACAUAUCAGGCGGGCGGCGCGGCUGGGCCCCCUGCACAAGCCCAGCAUCCGCAGCAGCUUCCCUACCGCCAGCCACCACAGCUGCCACAUCAACGUCAACUAACUCCGGCCUGCCGACAGGGACAUGUGCAGAACCCAGCUGCGGAUGGGAGCGUUGCAGAGGUCGAGCUCCGCACGCAUCCACCACAGCCUCCGCACUCACACCCGCAGCAGCAGCCAGAGGCAAGGCAGCAGCCGCAAGCACAG